AGCUAUGCCUCUCUACAUAAUCCCCUCAGAGCAGCCUUCGGAGAUUUUUUUCACCAGGAAUCCCGACGACACUCGCAGGACCUUGGACCUUCGGAUCCAUGUAGCGCCUUGCGCAGCCGGUAGUGCAUUACCUGAUCCCCUUUGGCAAAAUUCGAUGAUACGAUUGGAACGGGCGCAGUUUGUCAUCGAUGUAUUUUGGGGCCAUUUGCAACUGGCAGACACAGGGGACUUUGCUGCCGAUGAGUUUAUGGUCUUUCACGCCAGGCUAAAUCAAUUGCUUGCUAUGUCGACAUAGAAGAUAGGCGAUUGCUAUAUGUGCAUAGUAACAUGCGAAGGCCCAUUGCCCUUGCCCAAGAUUACUAGCAAACGCAAUCCAAGUGCUGUUGGCACAUCUGUUUGAUUAUGGGCAGUGUGACAGGUACAGCCAUUUACAAGCUGAAAACAUGGCACAUGCUUGGGAAAAUCACGAGAACAAUUGACUGACGGCUUCUCUGCAACGAGCCAGCGGUCACUGAUUCAAGGUGCCCAAAUCAGCAUCAUGACGAAGGCUAGCCGGUUAAGGGCGGAGCCCGAUCCGGAACGCGACUGGAAUGAUGCACAGCGAAUCAAAAUAUCUGCGGACCUGAUUUCUGCAGCAAAGAUUCAGUUGUCAUUUCUAGCUACUGUGGAUAGAAGUCCCUGCUUGUACUCUGACAUCGAAGCAAUUACUCGAGCUACUGAAAGGUACGAAAAUUAUUGGCUUCCCCUGGUUGCAAGGAAUACACCGGAGCGAACAUCAUCUGGGUAUCCUCUUGUGCCUCCACUUGACUGUGCGUGGAUUUGGCACUUGCACCAACUCUCACCGGUUCAGUAUGCAAAUGACUGCUCGGAACUCUUCGGUAAAAUCAUCGAAUGUCCGAUGGUAACCCAUGAUAACAGAGACGAUGCUACAAGGGAGACUCAGGAGCUCUGGCACACUAAUUAUCCUAGUGAGCCCUAUUGUCUCGACAUGAUGUCAUUUGAUACUCAAGAACAGAACUGUGAGGGCUCUCCGUCACAAUUUGUAAAGUCAAAAUUGCAACAGAAGACGAAGUCAGUUUUUAGAAUGCCCAGAGUGCUCAAUUAUGAUUUUGUGAAGGCAGCGGGGAGGCAACGAAGUUUUUACUACCAAGUGUCUCGACCGUACAUGUCAGAGACUCGUUUUUUGUUCGCCGCCGAAAUGAGAUACAAAGGCUUUCUCAAUCUUGCAAUUAACAAUUCGAAGAAGGCAGAAGCUGACAAAGUGUUUCUAGUUCCAACAUAUGACAUUGAUUUGAUGUGGCAUGCGCAUAUGCGCUGCCCGACAUCCUACGCAGCUGAUACUUCAAGACUUAUGGGAUUAGUGUUCAACCAUGACGAUUCUGACACAGAUCGAAGCCAUGGGAAGAAGCUGGACACAGGCUUCAGAAAGACAAGUGAAUUGUGGGAAACAACGUAUGGAGUUGAGUACGCUAAAGCAGGAGUCCUUUAUCGGGGUAUGCUCCCCAAAGAAGAGCCACCCCCAGUAUUGGCCAAAAAAUUCUGUGGCAGUGGAUUGUUGUACGAAAAGAAAGAAGUGGAAUUUUUGAAGCAUGUCGGUAUGCAGGACCAUCUCAAGAGAAGAAUUAUAUCAGAGGUCCGAGUUGCAGUGAUCGGCGUUAAGAACAUGAAAAGAAACUACCGUGAUUUAAGGCUGUUUUUGAGCUUGCACAAAAACAGCAGUUCUUCUUUCACAUUUCGAGCGUUUGACCGAUAUAGCUGUUCCCCUCCUUUGCGAAAAGGUGCCUCCAGGUUUGAAGAGGUAACCUGGCAAUUCCACUCAGAACUUGCAUCCACCGAGGCUCUCAAUGUUUAUGUCGAUCUUACCAGGGAACGGAACGUUUUUUGUUCUCGUGAGCGCAAAUACUUCAAGCACUCGUUCAUCUUGAACUGGUCGGAAGUACUGCAGUCCCCCACAUUUUCUACUGAUCGCUACUAUCCAAUUAUGAAGUCACCAAAUCCAAGAGCCCCUGCUGUCCGCUUGGCUGUGUCCAGCACUCCGACAAUGGUCGGAAACCAUCUCCUCCGCACCAUGCCGGAGCCCACCGACAACCUGGGUAAUGCAGUUACGGACUCAAAGAUUUAUCGCCAGAGAUAUCAGCAAGGGAAGUGGCUAGCAAGAUCUGUUUACGACCAUACUGGAAGCGUGGUUUAUGUUAUUCGAAUCAAGGAUAAACUUGAAGCUGGCCAAGAGCUUUCGCCUCUAUGUGCGGAAGACACCAUUUCGAGAUCGGUGUAUAUACAUAAAGGUGGAUGGACUACACACAGAGGUCCUCGUUACACAACAAGUGUUCCUGCCGGACCUGUUGCUGCUUGUGCAGAGCAAAUGCAGUCAGUGGCUGGAGGUUGGUGCUGGUCACUCUUCAAUGGGCAAGUACAGCUGACAAUAAAUCUGCCCGAAGAAAUAAUAUGCACAUAUGGUUUAUCGGAUGGGAACAGCAACGACACUGUGUCUUUGCUCCGAGGGAGGAAAUUGCAGUAUGAAGUCAAAAGCGGGAAGGAAGAGGACGAGAAGAACUUCGUUACCCUCAUACGGUACAGAGCCGAGAAUCCACUGGGCAUUGCUACUGCCCUUUUCAACUGGAAGUACGGUGUAUUUGAGAUUUCACCAGAGGAAAACGUAGUGCUGGUAUUGCUUCUUGCAUGUGCUAUCAAGGUGUCCAUGUUCGACUCGCUUAGACAAUCGAGCAAGUAUAGCGAAAAGAGACUGGAUAAGUUCGCGUAUGCCGGCGUUCGGACCUCACAUUGGGGCAACACUCGACAACAGCUACAGGAGUGGUGGUUGUGCUCGAAUACAAGCGAAUUGUACUUCGCUGAGGGGAAGUCACUACCGAGCGAAGAAGCCCACCAAGCCACAAUUAAAAUCUCACAUGAUAGAGCGGAAGCUGGAGGUUAUGCAGUCUCCGCAGCCCACACUGGACCCACUCUAGCUGCGGCCGGAGGAGGCUACGCCGUAUCUCUAGCACAUCCUGGACCCACUAUAGCUGCUGUAGGCGGAGGAUGUGGGGGUGGUUGCGGAGGAUGUGGUGGGGGUUGUGGUGGGUCGUGAUUCUGCGCAAUGCAAACCCUCUUCCUCUGCUUGCCUCGAUGACCGAGCUUCUCAUCAGAAGAGCACAAGCAUGCAAAGAUGCACGUCACCUGUCUCAAGUACGUAAGGAUGGCCGAGGGCAAGAUCAACUGCUUGACCUCCUCUGUCUCUGGCCAUCUCCUCUCCUCUCCCGGCCACAAAGUAAACAGGCAACUUCUAUUACUUUUACUCAUCCCGUCAAUUCUGAGGAUCGAUGAGCACCCAAAUGUACAUUAUCAUAUUUAUCAUGGUUUGGUUCGAUGGUUCUCAGCCAGUAGAUGACACAUGUACAAAAACUAUGGGGUGACCGCUAUAGCUCAGGAAGGCAAUUUAUCGUGAGACCUUUCACAAACUAUCUCUCUUUCUGUAACUGCUUUCAUAAGUGUAAGUAUGUUGGUCUCAAGACGGUCUCUCCAUUUGCCUACAGCUGCAGCUCCUAAUCUGACCUAAAUAAUGUCAUCCGACCUUCAAGUGUGUUGACAAAUGCUCAAAUAGUACUACUGUGCGGCACUAUAUGGACGGGUUUCGG